AUGGAGCCAAGCGCCCCACCGUUGCCUGCAGCGACGCAUUUACCCACUCCACAGCUAGGCGUCGCUCCGACAGAGCGCGGUAGUCAUCAAGGCAUGGCAGCCGGUGCACGACGCGCUCCAAAUCAUCAAGAGCGUCCGCACAGCGAUAUGCCACUUCAGCAUGACGCUCAGCCGAGCUUUGAUCACGAAGGAUCUCAUCCUCAAGGACUCGAAGAGCACCGCGAGUCACCGGGCGGCAAUCGACCCAGUCGUCACCGCCAGCCACCGACUCUUCUCGAUGAGAGCGGUGACGUCCACUAUCACGUGGAGCGUCUAGUGGGACGACGUCGUUACCAGGGUCAAACCCAAUAUCUGGUGAAGUGGUGGGGAUAUCCCGACUCCGAAAACUCGUGGGAGUUUGAGACGCCGCUUAGGCAAGAUUGCUCAGGCACUGUGAACGCUUUUGAUUAG